CAUACAAACUUAGAAAAGUUGCAUUGGUACUUGCUUGACCUGGGAUCGAACCCGCGCCCUCAUACUUGAGAGGUUGGUCUUUUACCCACUAGGCCACCACGACUUUUUUUAGCAGAUUUUGAACCAUUAAUACCAAAUAAGAAAGGCAGAGCAGCAAUCAACACGCUACAAUCAUAUGUUGAAAAAUGUGAUGAUAUCGAAGAUCGUGUAUUCAGUUCAUUGUUUGAAUUUGAAAAAAGAAUUGAUAAAAAAUCUGCAGAUUGUUUAAAUCAAAAGAAGAUAACAGAUUUUUUGAAAAUGUUUGUAAAGUUGACUUCAGUAACAUGCAAUACACUUAAAUAAAUAUACUAUUACCAUAAAACUUAAGUUGAAUUGUGGUUUAACUUUGACUCUACAAGUCAAAAAAUACAAUUAGCAAUCGCACUUUUCUCGGUCGAAAUUAAACCGGUUAAAUCCUUUGCAUCUCAAUAUCCUUUUUAAGUUGAAAACUCAUUAACUCGAUUUUUUUGCAUUUACCUUCACAUUCGAGUUAUCGAGAUUCCACUGUAAUAAUAUUUGUUUCGGAAAAUAUGUAUAAAAAGUGAGCUCGCAGGGAAUAUAAUCACUACGUUUUAGGAAUCCCACAAUGAAGACGGCUGUGACAGUACUCCAGGAGAUGAUGGUGAAACUUGGCCUGACUCCAGAAUAUGAAUGUAUUGCUCAGUCAGGGCCCCAGCAUCAGGCGAUGUUCGACUACCGCUGCGUGGCGUGCGGCGUGGUGGUGACGGCGUCGGCGCGCUCCAAAAAGGAGGCCAAGCAGGAGGUGGCGCGGCUCAUGCUGCAGCAGCUGUCGCGCCGCGGCCUGGCCGUGCCGCCGCCCUACGCCGCCGCGCCGCCCUACGCCGCGCCCGCGCCCGCCCACGCCGCGCACCCCGCGCCGCACCCGCUCGACCCGCAGGCGGGCACGGGCGCGGCGCCGGACGCGCGCAGCUACGUGGCGCUGCUGAAGGAGCUGUGCGCCGAGUACCGGCUGGCCAGCGUGCAGUACGAGCUGGUGGGCGACACGGGCCCGCCGCACCUGCGCCACUUCACGGUGCGCGCGCGCAUCGGCCAGCACGAGCGCGUCGCCACGUCCACCACCAAGAAGACGGCGCGCCAGCUGGCGGCCGAGGCGCUCUACUCCUACCUGCGCGAGAACCUGGCGCGCGUCACCAGGGACUUCAACGAGGAAGAUGCGCUGGUCCGCGCGCACGAGAAGGCGAUGGAACGCUAUACCGACAGCGAGGAGCAGCCGCGCCGCCCCGACCUGGGCCAGAAGAUCUCCGAGUACCACCUGGGGCUGAGCGCGCGCCUGGAUGAGGAGACGCGGGCGCGCGCGCGGGCGGCGCUGCGGCGGCGCGAGCGCUCGCCGUGCGGCGCGGUGGCGGCGGCGGCCGAGGCGCUGCGCCUGCGCGUGGAGCUGGCGGCGCUGGGCCCGCUGGCGGUGCUGCAGCUGGCGGGCUGCGCGCCGGACCUGGCGUUCGCGGCGGAGGACGCGCCCGGCGCCGCCGAGGCCGCGCUGCGGUACAUGCGCCGCGCGCUGCUGCCCGAGGAGCCGCCGGCCGACCGAGACGAUGCCGUGUCCUAAUUCAACGUAAACUUAAAACAAUACUAGAAAUAACAAUAAAAGGGGAUGUUUAGAUGAUAACGUGGAGAAUGUAAAGGUGGGUACAGAUUGGUGCAAUGCAACAUGUAAUGCAACAUGCAGUGCAAGAAUUUGAGGUCCACAUUGCUGCAAUGUAUCAUGUUACAUUACACAGGGGCCCGAUUCUCCUAAUUUUACUUAAGCGACAUACGAUUCACGUUCGAUUCGAUUCGACUGAGAUCCAAUCCCGACUCGAUUACGAUUGAAGCGUAUGUGGCAUUCCGCUAUUUUUUCU